GGAUGAGGAAGCCUGGACCCUGGGACCUCCUCCUCCUGUUGGUGGCGAUAGACCUGACCCAGUAUUGUGCAGGCUCACACUGGCUGCAGAUUUUCAACAUUGUGAUUUUGGAGACUGGCAUGUUGGAGGCCCGGUUCAUCCAGGUCGGAUAUGUAGACUCCAUACAGUUUCAGGGAUUUGACAGUAAAGAACCAAAUGCAAGGAUGCAACCUCGGGCUGCUUGGAUGAAGCAGGAGCCACCUGAAUAUUGGGAGAAAGAGACAGCAAAAGCCCUGAGCUUCUCACUGUCAGGAAGACGAAUACUUAAGUACAUGAUGUCUGCAAAUAAAGACAAGAAGAAUGAUUAUCACACCCUGCAGGAAGUGUAUGACUGCAAUGUGGCAAAUGAUGGGAGCUUCAUCGAAGGUCACUACCGGCUCACCUACUAUGGCUAUGAUUCCUUAAUCCUGAAUGAGGACCUGAACUCUUGGACUGCAGAGGGUGAAGUAGGUGAAAAAUUCAAGACAUACCAGGAGCAAGGAGGCAUGACAGAAAGUUGGAGGACUUACCUGCAAGGGGAGUGUGUACAAAGGCUUCUUAGAUACCUGGAGCUUGGAAAGGAAGCAUUGCUGCGCUCUGAUGCCCCCCGAUCACAUGUGACCCACCAUGUAAGACCUGAAGGGAAUGUCACCCUUAGGUGCUGGGCCCUGGGCUUCUACCCAGCUGACAUCACCCUGACCUGGAAGAGGGAUGGAAAAAACCACAUCCAGGACAUGGAGAUGCCAGACACCAGACCUGCAGGGGAUAGAACCUUCCAGAAGUGGGCAGCUGUGGUGGUUCCUCCUGGAGAAGAGCUGAGAUAUACAUGUCAUGUCAACCAUGAAGGGUUACCUGGGCCACUCACUCUGAAAUGGGAGCCACAAACCAUCCCCAUCAUAGCAAUCCUCAUCGGCCUGGUUCUUGGAGCUUCGGUGGUGGGAACUGUGGUGAUUUUUCUGGUAUGGAAGAAAUAAAGGUCUCUGUCUCCUGUAAAGACAACACAAGGAAGUGAGUUCAGCCCAGACCUGAGCAUGACUCCCCUCCACACUGACCUGUGUCUUCUCCAGUUAUCUCACCUGCUCCAGGAGAGGCAGGCCUGGGAGACCUCUAUCAGCGACUGACCUUUAGUUCCAGUGAGUUGUAAAUUUAUUCUUCCUACUUCAACAUGAGGGUUUUGGUCAGUUUUUUGUGAAUUCUUCUCAUUGUUUAUUUAGUGAGUAAACCAGAUCAAAGCAUGAUGAUAGUAUAAUAUAGUAACUCAGUCUUGAGAAGUUGAAAUCCAUUAUUUUGGUCUUCUCUGUAUUUUCCUAGGUACCUUUCUUUCUCUUCAACUUCAUAUAUGCAUGUGUUAAUUUCUCAUCCUAAUAAACUUGAACUUUGAUCCAU